AUGGCGGUUGUCGGCGAUGAAGCCACAGACGCUUACUCUUCCGAAACACCUGGUCUUGUUCUAUUAAUUACCAGCUCGAUAUUAGCUCUUGUAACCGGAAGUAUCCUGAUCAGGGGACUGCAUCAACAUACCUCCGGUCGAAACCGGAAGUGCCAACAAUAUCGUGGUAGCCAUGGCAAUUUCGAAAUAACCGAAAAGGAUGACAGCUUGUAUUGUUUUCACCAACAUUUGUAUCGAUUGGCAUUGGACUCUUCCCCGACACAUGCAUUACAUGCUUAUGUUCAGGAACUUCUGUGGAAGGCGUUGUCACGAUGUGAGGGGUAUGGUUCCGAAAAUGGAAAAAGAGAAAGAACGAAAACGACAAUGAAAGAAAAAUGUUUCAGAAAGAAAAAUGGAAGAAAAAAACAAAAAGGAAAAUGCAAGAGAAAGAGAGAAAGUGGGAUAAAAACAUCGACAAAUAUUCGGCGCUGUAGUUGGGAGAGAAAAGAAGUACGGAUGAUGUCUAGAACUGAAUGGAAGCGAUUUGUAAACAGACUUAAUAUUCUAAAGGAGGCAAUACCUGUACAAGGACAUGGGACCUUUGUACCAUAUGACAUCAUUUCCGAUCUACACAGAGAAAAUAUAACAAUUCACGCAUCACACGGGGGACCUGGUUUCCUUGGCUGGCAUAGAGUGUAUCUUCUGCUAUUGGAGGCAGCCCUCGGAGUCCCCAUACCCUACUGGGAUAGUCGGAUGGACUACGACAUGACUAACCCUACGGACUCAGUGCUGUGGACAUCUGAGUUCUUCGGGCCUGGUUUCGGGAUAGAAGAUUCGGGCCCAUUCGCCAAUUGGAUAACACCAGAAAAUGAAUCGCUAGUUCGAAACAUUGGGAACAAUGGAAGCCUUGUGUCGUCUGACAUGGUGGAAACAUUAUUACGCUACACGCAGCAUAGUCUUGCAGUGGAACCAUCAAUUAAUACCAUAGAAGAUAUUCAUGUAGGGCCACACCGCUGGGUGGAUGGUCAGAUGUCCAGUCUGGAGACAGCCCCUCAGGAUCCAAUAUUCUUCCUUCACCACAGCUUUGUAGAUUAUAUUUGGAGCAAGUUGAGAGACAAAAUGCGAAAAAUAGGAAAGACAGAUCCAAAAUUCGACUAUCCAUGUAAAGGGCCAGUGUCACAUGACCCUUACGCUACAAUGAUUCCGUUUGGUAAUCUUCCUAAUAUAUACGGCUACAGCGACCAUCUCGAAAGUCUUACUCACUAUCGCCCGCCUCCUACGUGUCCCGACUGCGGCGGAAGUCCUUACCUUUUAUGUGACAAAGUUAUCCAGCGAUGCAAGUCAAAACCGGACAAACUAACGACACACAGUUUUGACAGUGAAACAACCAAGAACAUUCGAUACAGAAUACGAGCCAUAGGCAUAAUCCAUCUUGGUAGAAAGUUUGAAUAUCAUAUCAUAGACCAUCGAACACGAGGAGACACAUUGAAUUUUCUACCACUUAUAAACAGAGGAAUAAGUUUGUAG